AUGGAUUCUAUGGGUCUGAGUAAUAGUGCCUACAGGUCUCGUGGAUACCAACUCGAGAUGUUAGAGGCUAGCCGCAAGGAGAAUAUCAUUAUGGACACGGGAAGUGGAAAGACUCACAUGCAUGUUUCGAGGUGA